AUGGAUCCGUAUAGUUACGUGGCCGCGUCAUAUAUACGAGGCCUCGUAUUGCCUGUUGGUCAAAUUAAGGAUUUCACUUUUCAGCAGUAUCUUGAUCGCUUGAGGUCUGCUUCGGAAGUGCGCCUAUUGGACGUGUCUCCCGGUACGUCAGCCGACCAUCUGUUUUUCAACCCGCAAGGCUACCCCAAUGGACGCCUAUGUUUUGAUUUUAGUACAGUUCCUAUCGAUCCAGAGAUAUCUGCCCUUUUCGAUCUUGAUCCGUGGCGGCAACAGUUGUUAGUCGUAGGAAUCGCACAACAUCGGCAUGCUGAUAAAGAGCAGUUACAGCAGAGCCUGGUGCUAUUAAAGAAGCGCUAUCCUGAUGCUAUUUAUCGUAAGAUUUUUGUUUUUGGUGUUCCAGAUGACGCCAGUGCAGCAGAUUAUGAUAUUAAAGGUGUUACUACUAUUGCCAGCUCCAGUUUUGCUUCAUUGGAGAGAGCCAUGGCCGAUCUUGCCUCUGAGAUUUUGUACGAAAUGUCAGUUUAUGCUAUCAAUCGGAAACUGGGAUCGUUUAAAAGCCCUGCGUUGAAGGCGUUGGAUCAGACGAACGUGUCGCUCGCUGCAGCCAAGGAUUUCCGGGGCCAUCAUGCUCGUAAGUCUAGUUUGGGUCUCACUAAAGAUGGAACUUUUUCCACAGGCCUCACUGAGCGUCUAAAAUCUCGACAGCUCGGCCGAACUAAAAAGUUCAUGGGCUCUUUUUAUUUGAUGGCGGGACGCCUACCGGACGCUCUCACCGAAUUCGCUGAGGCGGCUCAAAUUUUGAAACAGUCUUACGAUCAUUUAUGGUUCGCAUCCACUUUAGAACAAAUUGGAGUUUGUUUGUUACUCCAGCAAUUCAGCGAGGUUCCGGUUACAAUCCCCAGUAUCGCGAAAGUCACGGUUGACGCUGACUCGGCCGGUAAAACAGCCAAGCUAGCUGCUAAAUCGGCUGCUGAUGCUGCGGCAGCGGCAAAAUUAGCUACCUCAAGGCUUGAAAGCCCGAGAAGAGGGGCGUCAUCGCAAGAUCAUCUUGAUAAUGAAAUGGUUGCCGAAGCUUUGCAGACAGGGCGCUCCGCUCUAGCCACUUUCCUUCCUCUAUUGAUGGACACAGUACUUCGUUUCUUCAAUCGCUGCUCUCCGGAAUCAGAAGAAAUGGUUCCUCAGGUUGUUUACGUUGAGAGUUCACUGCGUUUUGCUAGUUUAUUGACCGCCCUCAGGCUUGGCGGUGGUUGGAACUCUGCUUCUCUGUCUGCAAUCGUACGAAACACCCCACAAGAAAAAAAUUUUUCGCCGGUUGGUCCUUCGGUCAUGACCAUUGAGAUCUGGUGUGCACAUACUUUGAGUCCUUCACUCGAAGUUUUACCCAUCGCUACGACGUGCAGGUUCAUGUCUGCUUUGGCUAAACUCUACUGGCGUUUAGGGCUCAAAAGAAAGUGGUCAUUUGUGAUCCGACAGCUCAUUCAAAGACUUGAAAACGAAUUUCAUGAAAAUGAUUCUGAAGCCACCACAGUUUUAAACGGUCUUCACCCGUCUUUUUUGAAGUACGUGCUGGACACAAUAGUGGUUGUUUUUGACUGGAACACUUUGAAAAUCGAGUUCCUUAGAAACUUUUACAAGCUUUGUAACAGACCAAAUUACCGGUCGGUAGCAGUGAAAGCAGCUUGGCAGCUUCUGUCUUGCGGUGUAGAAGUGCUGUCAGCUUCUGAGCAAGCUCAAUUAUAUCACUUGAUUCGCAGUGAGCGUGAUUCCGCUCCUGGUCAGUACUGGGACCCGCUACUUCUUCGCGAUAUCACGAUCAAGCCUUCAAGCGGUGUUUUAAGCUCAACUACUACCAAUGGUACUGCGAGUAACAGAUCAUCAAUUGUUGGGCCUCCUGACAUUAUUUACAACCCAUUUGAGUCUCAAAAUAAGCUGGAAAAAAUGGUUACAAUUGUCGCUGGAGAACGUUGUAUAAUUAAUGUCAGGCUACAAAACCCUUUCCAAUUUCCUCUAGAUAUUUUUGAGCUUGCAGUUGUUGAUGAGGAAGGUAAUAAGGUCUGCUCUGUCGACCAAGCAUUGACUCUCUCUCCCAAUAGAGUGUCUACGAUCCCAGUCACAUUUGUGCCUCGCGAGGCAGGAGUUUUAACUGUAGGUGGCAUUUACGCUCAUGUCGGUGGUUGUUCUGGUGGGCUUUUCUGGCUCCGUGAUCCUUUGGCAACAUUAUUUGUGAGCCGCCAAAAGCAAGAAUUGGAAACCCCAGAGUGGCCCACACACACUAUCAAAGCCCGUAUCAACGAGGGUCGUCCAAGUCUCGUGCUGUGUGAAAACUCAUUACCCAAAGGCUGGGCCAUGUUGUUGGAAGGAGAAAGAAUUCCAUUCAAAGCUGAAGUUCAAAAUGUAUCGACAACCGAUGCGCACAUUGCUAGCUUUGGAUUUACUGACUCGACAGUUGAGCCACUCAAGCAAGCUAUAGCUGCGCCAGAUGCCACUCGAGCUGACAUUUAUGAGUACGAGUACUUCCUACACAAACGCCGCGCCGUCGAACUGAUUUCGCAAACGUCUAAAAUUGCGAGUGGGGAAGUGGCCGAGUUUGAGUUCACAUUAUAUGGAAAACGCGGUAUCAAUAGUGCUGCUGUGCUUUUAGACUACGGUGCUGGCGAGGAUUAUACGAGACGUCUUCGGAUCCCUUUGAACAUUACUGUUUUCCCUUCAGUUGAGUUAGAACGUGUGGAUGUUCUUGCCGUGGGAUUGCCCGGUGAUGAGCCAGAAUUGACCAUUGUUCUUGACCUUCGUAAUGCUUGGCGUGAGAGUUUCGAAGUCACGUUAUGGACGAAAGAUUCGAGCGAUAAUGAAGUUGCAUCAGUGACCCAAACCAUUGACUCACAAAAGAGCUCACGGUUUUUACUUCCUUUAAAAUGGAACGGCGUCUCUGCGGAGAAGCUUGCACAGCCCAUCCCUUCACUAUCCUCUCGUCAAUUUGUGGUCGAUUCUAAAACGACCCAAGAGCAAAUUCAAUCUUUCUGGCUUCGUGAGGAACUUCUCAAAUACAUUGGAGGUACCUGGCGCCUUUCAGCGGAUGGAGAACUAAGAAGCGGUCAAGUCGAGCUCCGUGGACUGCAACUAUCCAAAAAAAUGGUUGCUGUACUUCGCACCGAGCCUCUGGUUAUUCAGAUGGAAGUUACGACUCCGGCUCCGCUGACUAUAGAGUCUCGAGCAGUCAUUCGCACCAAAAUUGUAAACAAGACCUCCAAAAAAAAGUACGGAAUGCUACGAUUUAUUCCAAACGACACACAUAAUAUCUUGUGGGCCGGAAAUCUUCAGCAACCGGUCUCAAUUGAACCGGAAUCCGAGCAGAGUGUAGACUUGGAGUUUUUACCACUGGCCUGGGGAAGCUACGAGUGGACUGCUAUCUACGACGUUAUCGGGGGUGGGCAGGCGCUACUGAAAACACCGCUUUUGUUGGAGGUACCAUCUAUUAAAUAA